AUGGGCGCUGAACAUUCCCAACAACGGGCUGAAGCCGACGGCCGAGAACUAUUCGAUGGUGAUACUAGAAUUCCAACAAAUCAAAAUGCAACUGGCCGACCUGUACCCAUGGUCCAGGGAACUGCUUCAGGAGCCAUCAAAAAACGUUCCAUGCUCCGGCAGGGCAGUGCUAGUUCAUCCACAACCAGUAAACUAAAACAAUCCAAUGAUCCGAUACCAUCUCCGACAACAUCGGAAAUGAGUAGGCCAUCAUCGCCGCCGUUAAGUGUUUGUUCCGAUUUGCCUUAUGUUUCCUAUACAACAGACAGACCGAUAGGUGACUCACCCAAGAUACGGGGAAAAUCGGGCAAUAGUCCGGCAACAAAUCGCAAUUCGCUAGUCUUACGAAGACCCAAUACCGGAGCUAAACCCAAAAGACCCCAGUCCACAGUGGGUGCUCACAGCAUAGUAAUUGUAAAACCCGGCGUAAAAGAUCCUCAUGAGGAGAUAGAAAUCGAAUUGCAGCAACUACAGAAUAUACCACAAUUUCUACCAGUUCUACGGGACACAAUAAAUUCCUCAACAUUCACCAAAGAUGCUGAGCUGCUGGAAAGACUUGAUAUACAGCCACAUUUAUUGAAUAUAUGUUGUCGCAUGCAAACCCAUUUGAAUAUGUGUGCCAAUAUGGUGGCCCAGGAUCAAUCGCAUCUGGUUGAACGCACCAAAGUAGUUAGUAAUUCCAUAACGACCCUUUUCGCUUCGUUCGUUGAUAUGCAAAAAACCUAUGCAGCAUACGCUGAACAAUUUGCCAAGGUGCGCUUGAUUUCCGAACAAUUAAGUCGUUGCAACUCCAUACUGAAUGCAAAUUUGGAAAGUUUGGAGACAAUUAAUAAUUUUUUGGAUCUUGAAGAUCGUUUGGAACCGUUUGUAUGGCGUACCGAUGAUAAUAAGCAUAGGGGUCAAGCUGAGGGUGCUGUCACAAUGCGUGUUAAAAGAGUGUAGUUAAAAA